AUAGUCUGUUUUUUCUAUUCGUCUUUAACAAUUUAAAUCAGCUGAUAUUGUUGACAUAAGAUGUUCAUUAAGUUUUCCCUAUUUGUAAAUUAUAACUUUGACUUGGCAAUAGGGCUAAUAUUGCAUUUAUCACGUUAAGACAAGUGUGACAAAAUUAUCUUCGAGAACAUUUUUUUUAUAAAUUUCUUCAUAAAAGUUGUAUUAUUUUAUACUGAAUGUCUUGGCUACUCGGUAGGAAUCGACCUCAGCCACAGCAAGACGCUGUAUUAGCGGGAGGUAGCGAUGAUGAGGAUAAAAAUGCAGACCCGCAAUUAUCCAAUGCUGAACGGAAGGCCAUGGAAGCAUAUCGCUUCGAUUCUUCAGCUUUGGAGAGAGCAGCUGAUGCGGCUCGAACUUUAGAACGUUCAAGACAUGCUCGCGAAGCUUUGGAAUUAUCGAAAUUACAAGAGUUAACGCGGCAACAGGAAUAUCAAACUAAAAUCAAAGAAUACGAGGCUCAUGUUGAACAAGCAAAAGUGGAACAAAAGCGUAUUGACCAUGAAGAAAGGAGAAAAACAUUAGUCGAAGAGACUAAGCAACAACAACAACGAGCUCAAUAUCAAGAUCAGUUGUCGCGUAGACGAUAUGAAGAUCAAUUGACUCAACAACAACGGGUACAAGAAGAGAAUUUACGAAAGCAAGAGGAAAGCGUAGCUCGCCAAGAAGCUAUGCGGCGCCAAACUAUCGAACAUGAAAUUGAAAUGAAAGAAAAGAAUCGGCUGAAGCUUUUGGAGCAUGAAAUGCGUGUGAAAGCCAAAGUUGAUCGUGAAAAUCGUGAUAUUAAUUUAGAGCAGAUACGUUUAAAAGCUCAGGAACAUCGCACUACAGUCUUGGAAAGCAUAAAAACUGCUGGUACAGUUAUUGGUGCUGGGUUUGAUGCUAUGCUUACUGAUUGGGAUAAAGUCUUGACUGCCGCUGGUGGUCUUUCUCUGUUAGCCUUAGGUGUUUAUGCUGCCAGGGGUGCCACCGGUGUGACGUCCCGCUAUAUCGAAUCACGUAUUGGCAAACCAACGCUUGUAGGAGAAACUUCGCGUUUUGCUUUGUUAGACGCUCUAAAACAUCCUAUUAGAUAUAUAAGGAGACUCACUUCUAAGCCUACCGAUGCUUUGCAAGGUGUCGUCCUAAACCCAAAAUUAGAGGAACGUUUGCGUGAUGUUGCCAUUGCUACCAAAAAUACACGCAUUAAUCGUGGUCUCUACCGUAAUAUACUAAUGCACGGUCCUCCUGGUACAGGCAAGACGAUGUUUGCUAAAAAAUUGGCUGAACACUCUGGCAUGGACUAUGCCAUAAUGACGGGUGGUGAUGUGGCACCAAUGGGCAAAGAAGCUGUUACCGGUAUUCAUAAAGUGUUCGAUUGGUCACAGACUAGCCGUCGUGGCCUUUUAUUAUUUGUUGACGAAGCUGAUGCUUUUCUAAGAAAACGUUCUUCGGAACAUAUUUCAGAAGACUUAAGAGCUGCUCUAAAUGCUUUCUUAUACCGAACCUCUGAACAAAAUGAGAAAUUUAUGUUAGUGUUGGCCUCAAAUACACCGGAACAAUUCGAUUAUGCCAUUAAUGAUCGUCUAGAUGAAAUGGUAGAAUUUACUUUGCCCGGCCUGGAGGAACGUGAACGCCUAUUGCGUUUAUACUUCGACAAGUACGUUUUAAAGCCAGCUGCAGAGGGAGCUAGGCGUUUUAAAUUGGAAACAUUUGAUUAUGGAGCGACUUGCUCCAAAAUGGCCAACGUUUGUGAGGGCAUGUCCGGACGGGAAAUCUCUAAAUUGGGUGUAUCCUGGCAAGCAGCCGUCUAUGCUUCCGAAAACGGAGUUUUAACAGAAAAAAUGGUACUAGAUCGAGCCCGUUCGGCAGCUGCUCAACACAAGCAAAAGAUGGCCUGGUUAUCUGACCAUGAGCGUUUGGAUCACAAAUCCGUAACUGGAGGCAAAAUUGAAUAAUUCUACCUUUUAAACUGCCUUCAUUCCACAUCAAACAAUUAGACUUAAUUUAAGGACAAAUUUACAUACAGAACCCAGCAAAGUUUUCUUUUUAUGUUCAUCCGAACGAAAAAAAAAAGAGUACAACAUAUGUUACCUGCCAUCAGUAGUGCAGAUUGUGAUGGGGUUAAAUGUAAUUUAAGUUUUUUAUUGGUUUUUAAAUUACCUAACCUUAUCAAACUCUUGCUGAAUGUAUAAUACAAGUAAGUUUCUAAAUUUUGUAUAAAGGAAACAUUUAUAAGAAAACUUUGUUCAGGUUUCCAGUGUACAUUAUCUGUAAAAAUGCAUUUCAAGUAAUGAAUGUGUCUCGGCAUCAGGAGAAAUUUAUAUUAAACUUCUCGCUUAACAUGUUUCUCGGAAAUGUUCAUUUUUGU